UCCUAUAAACAAGAUUCAGAAGAUUUUGCCCCACUGGUUUGGACUUUGGUGUCUAACUCUGUUUGCUCUCAAGUUCUCAACUUCAGUGGUCACCAUGAACAUCUUCAAGAAGAAGACCUCCCCCAAAGAGGCUCUGAGGACAAGCAAAAGAGAAAUGAGUGUUGCUACCAGAGGUAUUGAACGUGAGAUCGCAUCUCUUCAAUUGGAGGAAAAGAAAUUGGUGGCGGAGAUCAAGAAAACGGCUAAAACUGGAAAUGAGGCUGCCACCAAAAUCCUGGCUCGUCAACUCGUUAGGCUACGCCAACAAAUUACUAACUUGCAAGGAAGUCGUGCCCAAAUAAGAGGUGUAGCUACCCAUACACAGGCAUUAUACGCAAGCACUUCUAUUUCCACAGGCAUGAAAGGUGCAACUAAAGCAAUGGUGGCAAUGAACAAGCAAAUGGAACCUGCAAAACAAGUUAAAGUGAUCAGGGAAUUCCAGAAGCAGGCGGCGCAAAUGGACAUGACGAUAGAGAUGAUGUCAGAGUCUAUUGAUGAAACCCUGGACAAAGAUGAGGCUGAGGAGGAAACCGAGGAGCUUACUAACCAGGUUCUUGAUGAGAUUGGUGUUGAUAUUGCAUCCCAGUUAUCUUCAGCUCCAAAGGGCAGAAUUGCAUCAAGAAAUACUGAAAAUGUAGCUCCGAGGAGUGCUGCAAAUGUAGCUCAGAGGAAUGCUGAAAAUGUAGCUCCGAGAAAUGCUGAAAAUGUUGUUACCAGUUCUGAAUCUCCUGAUGUUGAGGAUCUUGAAAAGAGGUUGGCCUCUCUGCGACGUAUUUGAUCGUAUGAAUGUGGUGUGCACAUCAUCAUCGCAAUCAUAUAUAGUAUAUCCGUUUAAUGUAAAUUUUAUCAGCUUACAAAGCAAUCAUAUAAAGGAGAAUAUUGUAAUACUAUAUUUGUUUUACAAACUUUAUGGAUGGUAAGUUUUCAGGA